CUCCCCGUCCGCGGGUUGGAGUGCUGUCGUCACACAAAUCUUUGGUUGUCAUUCCCGGAGCCCACCGGUGUGCGUGUCGAGCAUCGGAUGAUUUCGCGAGGGCGGUGCCAAGUCGGAGGAAAUCGUGUCGUGGACUGACCGGCUCCUGAGAAAACCGAAGAGGAUCUCACCGGUAGUUGCAUCUUCUUCAUAAGCGCCGUUGCUUUUCACACCGACAAGCCCCUGUUUUAGCUAGCUCAUUUGCUAACCAACGUUAGCCGUUUAUACCAACCAGCUCAUAAAACAACUGUUAGCUAUUUUUUUAUGUCCCGAAUUCCAGAAAUAUCUGUUAAUUAUUCGAAACGGAAAAUUAACCACAUUAUGGAGACUGAGAUACACGUGCCCGUUGGGUCGCCGGUAAUUCGAAAAUUCCCGAUUUUCGUGGAGGAAAAUAAUGUAACGGAUGGAGCAAUGAAGCUGAUAAAGCAGCUUCGGCCAGCGUGGGACAUGAACCAUGUCAAGACCAAGCUCUUCACUGAUGGGACCACUAAUAAGCUGGUUGGUUGUUAUGUGGAGGCGAGUCCAGAAGACGUGGUUCUGGUACGUGUGUAUGGGAACAAGACGGAGCUGAUUGUCGACCGAGACAACGAGCUCAAGAGCUUCCAGGUGCUGCAUGCUAACGGCUGCGCGCCGCGGCUCUACUGCACCUUCCAGAAUGGCCUUUGCUACGAGUUUAUGCAAGGGGACGCCCUCGGAACACAGGACGUCAGGGAUCCAACCAUACUCAGACUGAUAUCCAGGGAGAUGGCUCAUAUCCAUGCGAUCCAUGCACACAACGGCUGCAUCCCCAAACCCAAUCUGUGGAUUAAGAUGAGGAAAUAUUUCUCUCUGGUCGCUACAGAGUUCACCGACCAAGCCUCCAACACCAGGAUCCAGCAGGAGGUGCCCAGCCAGGCAGUGUUGGAGCAGGAGAUGGUGUGGAUGAAGGAGCACUUGUCAAAGCUGGGCUCUCCUGUGGUGCUCUGUCACAAUGACCUGCUCUGCAAGAACAUCAUCCACAACAGCAAAGAGGGCCAUGUCCGGUUCAUAGACUAUGAAUACUCUAGUUACAACUAUCAGGCCUUUGACAUUGGGAACCACUUCAACGAGUUUGCAGGUAUGAGUGAGCUGGACUAUGGGCUGUAUCCUAGCCGUGAGAUGCAGCUGGAGUGGCUGCGUGUGUAUCUGCACGCGUACAAGGCGUCCACUAAGAAAGGAGAGGAGGUCAGCGACAGAGAGCUCGAGACUCUCUACGUACAGGUCAACAAGUUUGCCCUGGCGUCACACUUCUUCUGGGGCUUCUGGGCACUCAUCCAGGCCAAGUACUCCUCCAUAAAUUUUGACUUCCUGGGCUAUGCUGUGCUGCGUUUCAACCAAUACUUCAAGACCAAGCCUGCAGCGAUGGCCCUACAGAUCCCAGAAUGAGAGGGGAAUACAAGAGAAGAGAGGUUCACCGGCACUGACCAGGGGAGCAGACCCACUUUGAGCAGGAGAGGACUGGGAUGGGUGACAAGGGUUGGGGUUCAUGUUUAGGGCUGAGUAUGUGGUUAAGGCAGCGGUGUCAAACUCAUUCCAUUGAGAGCCUAGUGUAUGCUGGUUUUUGGUUUUUCCUUUCAAUAAAGCCCUAGACAACCAGGUGUGGGAAGUUCUUUACUACUUAGUGACCUUUAUUCAUCAAUCAAGUACAACGGAACAGCGAAAACCUAUAGACACUUGGCCCUGGAAUGAGUUUGACACUUGUGGGUAAUAACAUUAAGGGGACAGUGUGGAUGGACCCCAACAUAAAACACUAUUUUAUUCCUAUUCAACUCAGUCCACCUGUCUCAGCACUCAAGAUCCCAAUCCGCCACAGUUGGUGUGUUUUCAUUUUUUAUAUUUGAUUUAUUCUGUGAAGAAUUGAUUGAUCCAGUGAGAUUCACUCCCCAGACACAGGUAGCUGGAACACUAGUUUUUGGUGCCGACAUGGAGGACAGUGUGCAGACAGUUAUGUAUAAGUGUGUUUCUGGGUUUAGUUUUUGGCUGUCGCUGCUCAAAGCGUUGUGGGACAGAGGCGGCAGUCAUCGUCAACCCCCUAGCCCUUAGCUUUGGCACUGAUCUAAUAGGAUUUAUUUUUUUGAUUUAGUAAUGGAGAGACCUUGAAAUUAGUGUAUAUGGUAUACAUCAAACUUUACAAAAGCCAAACAACAAAAAGAAAUAGGAAAAAGGGCCCGCAAACUGAGUGAACAGUAACUUGAAGUCCAUUCUCUCAGAUCAACACAAAGUGGCUAGGGGUUGAUUUAGUACUGGCAAGUAGUUGAUUUUCAGUAAAGGGAUCAUAAAUGUGAUGGGAAGAGAGGGGCUAGACAGGACAGUGAUAUGGUAGUUUAAUAAUGUCUUGACGGCAGAGCAUCUUCAGUGGCCAGGAGCAGCUUUGCGUCACUGAUGCUAAACUUUAAACCAGUUCUCCCUCUUAGCCUCUUUUCCACCACUUUAGCUUUUAUGGUUAUGGUGACUCGCUCUGUUAGACUUUCCACCCCUCACAGACCAUUUGGAAAAUCCCAACCUCAAUCACCCUUGUCACACCCCUUCCCCCUGCCCCCUCUUUACCCCUCUGCCUCCCCUUUCUCUCUCAUUCUGCCCUAUAUCGCUUCCUCUCCCCUCUCUCUUGAUUGGCUGGGAAGGGACUUUUGCCUGAUGUGCACAUACUUACUAUAACAUCCCAACCUCUCCCCACCCCCUAUCAAGUUACAACUUCCCUAAAAAGGAGCCAAAACCUUAUAUAAUGAGGUUACUUAAACCUCAUUACUGAAACUGUGUUAGGUCAGGGCAAAUCAAGGCUUCAAAGGGUCUGGGACCAGUAAUCCUGGGCUGGUGUUUUUGUUCUGAAGCUUGUCUAUGAGGAUGUGAGUGAGGUGACCAAGGACAAGACAGCAGGAAGUCCACACUAAGCCAGCAGUCACUUCUCUAGCUGGCAUCACGGCACACAGGUCUUUGGAGGGUCGCUGGACCAAAUAACUCCAACACCCUUCCUUACCCCAGGCAGCAAGCCCCUCCAGACUAGUUCUGACCUCUCCAUCCAGGCAUUCAGCCCUAGUUCAGUUUUCUCUAUCUGAAUUGUUUGAAAUUCAGUGCUUUUAAAGGUCACCUUAUGUUGGAUCUUUCCUCUCCAACAAGCCCUCUCAGAUCAGAGGGUCAACAUAAAAAAUGGAGAGCCAUGUUAAAGUAUGGAGAUACGGGUAACUGACAAUAUAAUGGAAACGCUUGUGUAAAUGCAGCAUAUAUUGAAAGCAUGUGCUUCCACACAGGUGUGGCUCCUGAGUUAUUUAAGCAAUUAACAUUCCAUUAUGUUUAGGAUAAUGCAUAAAAAAUGGUGGGUAAAGACAUUUUGGCCACAUGGCUGGAUGACAAUUCCCCCAUCCACAGGUCACUGAAUGAGCAUGAAAACAAUGUAAACCAUAUGCCAUGGCUGUCUGUCACCAGAUCUCAACCCAAUUGAACACUUAUGUGAGAUUCAGGAACAGCGCCAUCAGCAAAACACUAUCUCAUGGAAUUUCUAGAGUUCCAGACACUUGUAGAAUCUAUGCUAAGGUGCAUUGAAGCUGUUCUGGCUCGUGGUAGCCCAACGCCGUAUUUAAGACGCUUUAUGUUGGUGUUUCCUUUAUUUUGGCAGUUACCUGUAUAUCGUUCAGCCUGUCCUGUGACUCUUCCAAAUUACCACUAGGGGGAGAAAGGGAGUGCUGACCCCUGCCUUGCCCUCCCCUGGUUUUCUCCUGUUACUGACGGGGUUAAUAAUUCACCAGUCUGACAGAGGGGACAUCAAUCAUUCAGCAGACCGUGACACUGUGGCUUACCAGCCUGAGCAGGCCAGGCCCAUAACUCUGGCCUGGAGUCAAGAAAGCCCUCUCACCUGUCAGUCACUAACAUGAGUUAAUCAUUUAUCAUUAGUAUUUUUUUUAAACACGAUGUUGAAGAGAAGGACUCCCUGCAAUUCCUGCCUGGUUGUUAUGAGGAGUCACUAGCCUCGCGUGCCAGGCCUCUUUGAUCCCCUAGUAAAUGCCAAAAUAUGUUGUCUGGCAAUGUGGUGAGACUGAGUCCCUGAGCAGCCUCUUGGUUGGGACAGACUCAGAAGAGCUCGCCUUUUUGUCCCUCGUCACCAGCCAUACAGGCUGGGAGGGUAGAUGGAGUAAAGCCAUUGACACACACUCUGGUCCUAGAUAGCAACAGUACAGAUACUAACACACAUGGUUCCACUAAUCAACUAAUCGGUGUGUUAAUGCUGUGCUGGAACAAAAGCCUGCAACUCUCCAGGACCAGGGUUUUUGACCACUGGAUUAGUGUUAAUCAGAGCAUCCACAACAUAUAGAAAUGCAACAAAUGGAAUGGAAAUGACUCGUACGUAGGAUUGGGUCCACUCUACACGGUACAUUUCAAUCUGCAACAUUCCAAACCUAUUACCCCUCUGAGUCAGUGUUUGAGGGUUUUUAUGAGAGAGGAGUUGGUUGUGAGAAGAACCUUUUAUUGUAGUGUUUCCUAAAUGGAUGAUCGAGUCCAAUCCCUCUUAUAUGAAGGUUGUAAGACCUUUCUGGACAGAGACAUUACUUUGACAGGCUUUAUGUGAGUCACAACUCCCCAUCUGCUCUACGUGAUAUUAGCCAGUAGACCUUGGGUUGAACUGAGAGCUGACAAGUGCUGAUUGAAGAGCGCAAUGAAUUCUUAUUUAUCGUAAAUAUAUAUAUGUGAAUGUGUUUCCUUUGAAUGACCCGUAACAUUUAAAUUGAAACUAAAACUGUAUUCUCUUGUUAGGGUGCAUCUCUGUGUUGCUUUCAUCCUGUGUUUGGUGAUUUUUAAGGAGAGAUUAGUAGGGGAAGCCACUUUUAGAUUGAGACACCAUAAGAGUAUGAGGAAGAUAAGGUGGUUGAGAUGUUCUAUGCACCAAAGCACUCACUGGGGUCUGUGGUUCCUAUGGCCAAACAAGUUCACUGAUCAAGAACUUUUUUGUUGAAGGGUAAAUGUUGCAACAGGUAUGAAUAAAUUGGGAUUAAUGGUUAAUCUCAUGUGAUUAGAAAGCGACAACCUACUUCUAUCUUUAAUAACAUGGCCUGAUGGUGGUGUUAUAAAUGAGUGCUUUCUGAAUGCUCAAUCAACCAAGAAGGAUCCUGGGUUUCAUGGAAAUGCACCCACUUAUUGAAGGUUAAGGCUGCUUUUCUAUUCUCAAACCUGCCCCACAUUCUGCCUAUGCCCGUGUUAACUCCCCCAGGCAGAUUUUAAAGCUUUGGAUAAGUGUAAAUGGUGGAAACACCCUCCUGCCUGACACUCCAAUCCUCUCAGAUCUUUGAGGGCACAUGGACGGGAGCGAGUUGAAGAAUCGGACCCUACUGUAGGAGUAGCUAUAUAGUAGUACCAUACACUACAUCAUAUGCCUUCCCUGGAAGAGCAUUGAUUACCAUUAGUAUUAUUGAGGGUGUCCAAGAAGACGUUGCACACUUGCAUUCAGUGAUUCAUUAAAGUUAGGUAAGAUCCAGAACUGAGGUGUGCGUGCACUAAUGUGGGACCUGAUUUUGUUAUUCCAGCAUAGGAUAUGUGAUGACUAUGGAAGGCUUAUAUCCUGAUGGUGGUGUUUUUAGAGUAGAAAUGUUUAAAGGAGGUAUUUAUUGGGUGAACUGGUCAUUGCAUUUCUUUCAUAAAAAAAAAAAAUACAGUACAUACCAAAAUGGUUAGCGUCCAAGCUUGCAGUUCAUUUGAAAUUAACUUGUGAAUGUACUAUACUGGCUUAACUUGAAAACCCACUGUACAGAACUUGAAUUACUUUCUAACUGUUCAUUAGAAUCUGUAAAAGAGGGCCCAACAUUUCAAGAUGUAUGUAAUGUUUGUGCUGGCGUGUGUGGAGUCAGCCACUCCUGAAGAGGACGCUGUAGCAUUAAAGGCCAGUGGAGAGGAGACAGGUUGUAAAUACUGUGAAUCUGUCUACAGUGAUCCUCCACACUUCUGGGAGAGUCAUUUAAGUAAAGUAAAUAUUUCCAUUAAAAAAAAACUUGUAUCGAUGGCAGUUAUUCCAUUUCUAU